AUGGCGCUCUUCAGAUCCAAAUACAGCGUGAGCGUACCCUCAACAGACCUUCUCUCCUAUAUAUUUGGCUCGCCUUAUAGGACUGAAGGCGCAUGGCCAUCAUCAGAGCCCCUUCUGGAAUCGGCAACAGAAGGCCACUUUCGUGGAUAUUCGAUCGACCAGAUCAAAGCUAUUGUCAAGUGCGUUGGCUGCGGCCUUAAUCAACUGGGCGCUGAAGGCAAGCGGGUAAUGGUCUAUGGUGAACCUAACAUUCAUUUUCCGUUGGCUGUACUUGGUGUUAUUGCUGCCGGAGCAGCCUGCAAUAUUCUCGCUCCUGGUUCUGUGGAUGAACUGAGAUCCAGGCUGCGACAACUGGACUGUGACCUUGUGCUCUUUGCGCCGCAGGACCUGAAAGUCGUUUGUACUGCCGCAGCGCAAUUAAGUAUUCCCAAUGAGCGUCUUUUUAUAGUUGACGAGACUCUCGGUGGUGAGCAUACCAGAAAUCCAGAAGAGGCUGGGUUUAGACACUGGAGCUAUCUCCUAAAUACGCCUGGCGGUGAUAUUUAUGAAUGGCCUACACUCUCUCCCGACGAAGCAAAAACAACUAUUGCUGUUCUGCUCUACACUUCUGGCGCCUCGAAACUAGCUGAACGAACUCACUACGGUCUGAUUGGUAACAUUGAACAAACUCUGCAGCACUACAACCUCCGGGAGAGGAGAAAGGAAAUCGUUUCCUGCAACUACAAGUUCUGCGGCAUGGGAUUCCUAAUCCUGGGGAUUCUACUCCCUCUAAAGGCUCGAUAUAAGACUAUAUUCCCCACUAAGUUUGAAUCGGAGACAUUCAUGCAGACAACAGAACGAUUCAGACCUACCUGGUUGAUGCUCCCUAAGCAUUUAAUGCGCGAGCUUCUCACGAAAUCCAACAACCCCGACUUCGCCAGUGUACGACAUGUGCUCACAGGCGGUGCUAUCAUUCCAUUUGAAAUGAUCGAGAAGUGGCAGAGACAACACGGUUCCCAAGUGCAGAGUACAUAUGGAAUGACUGAGGCAGGCUUUUUUACUAUGCCGGAUCCAACCCAGCUGGUAGAGGACGCAACAACCGGAGUAUUGCUACCCAACUUAGAGGCGAAGAUAGUAGGUGAUGACGGUAAAUUGCUAGACAGGGGGGAGAAGGGGCACGUUUACAUUCGGACUCCAUUUGCAAUGAAAGGUUACUUCAACGAACCUUUCCAAACAUCUCAGACAAUAAUGGGUGGGGGAUGGAUUAAGACUGGUGACAUUGGCUGGGUGAACGAGCGUGACCAAUUUUACAUUGACUUGUUCAAAAUCAAGGGUGACAAUGUUUCUGCCGCGGAAAUCGAAACAGCCAUCUUACAGCAUCCGGAUAUCAGGGAUGUCGCUGUUAUUCCUGUAAUUCUGCCUGCAGAUGAAGAGCCCGUCCCUCGCGGUUAUAUCGUCAAGGCAGAAGAAUCUACCUUGGCAAUAGAAGAACUGAUGUACUGGAUGCGGGAGAAACUCGCUUCACGCAUGCAACUCCGUGGUGGUGCAGCCUUCAUUGACGCAAUUCCCAUUUCAAGUGUGAGUCGGCCAUGUCUUGCACCUUUAAUCUUCUGGCUCACGCUCGACCUUCAGGUCGGAAAUAGUAAAGUCGAUCGUCAGGGACUGUGUGAGAUUGCUGAGAGGGAGCUGCAGCUUGGUGAGCUUAAACUCAUCGGGUGA